GGUAUCCAUGAAAUAUUUCAUACGUAGCUAACUAACUGAAUGGAUGAUUUAUCGCCCAUCUAAUUGGGGUGCAUUUAUAACUAAUGCCUUCCCCAAAAAGUCAUAAAUGAAGAAAUUGGUGCCUCACAAGACCUAAUACUAGUAACGACGUUAUUCCCGCCGGCGGGUUGCCAUGGCUACUAGGAUGAAGUUAAAACUGAAGACUGUGUUUGUCCUCUACUUCAUGGUCUCACUUAUGGGCCUCAUCUACGCUCUCAUGCAGCUUGGCCAGCGCUGUGACUGUGCAGAGCAUGACAUGCCCAAGGACCGUACUAUCUCUCGUCUGCGGGGGGAACUGCAUCGGCUGCAGGAGCAGAUGAGGAAGGCUGAGCCUACCAAACCCCCCCAGAAACUAGCAGUGAAACCAGCCCAACCCACCAUCUACGUCAUCACACCAACCUACACCAGGUUUGUCCAGAAAGCAGAGUUAACCCGGCUUGCCCAGACGUUCCUCCAUGUCCCUCAACUCCACUGGAUCCUGGUGGAAGAUUCUCCCCAUAAAACCCCUCUGGUCUCUGGGUUCCUGGCCUCCAGCGGCCUGGCCUACACACACCUCCACACGCCCACGCCACGCGACCGCAAACUACAGGAGGGUGACCCUAGCUGGUUGAAGCCCCGCGGGGCGGAGCAGAGGAACGAGGGGCUACGGUGGCUGAGAGAGGACAGGAGGGGGCAGCCUGGAGCAGACACACAGCUGGGGGUGGUCUACUUCGCUGACGACGACAACACAUACAGCCUACAGCUCUUUGAGGAGAUGCGUGGUACCCAGCGUGUCUCUGUGUGGCCAGUCGGCCUGGUGGGAGGGAUGAGAUAUGAGAGACCUGUGGUCGAGGGGGGGAAGGUUGUACGCUUCCAUACUGGCUGGCGCCCCAGCCGCCCCUUCCCAUUGGACAUGGCUGGCUUCGCCGUGUCGCUCAAGCUGGUGAUAGCCAAUCAGGACGCAUGUUUCGACGGCGACGCACCGAUGGGGUUCUUGGAAAGCAGCUUCCUGCAGGGAUUGGUUACCAUGGACGAACUGGAACCUAAGGCGGAGAAUUGUACUAAGGUGUUGGUGUGGCACACGCGGACAGAGAAGCCCAAGAUGAAGCGAGAGGAAGCGCUUCAGAAACAAGGCCUGGGUUCUGAUACUGCUGUAGAGGUGUGAGGACCGGACAACACAUACAACUACACACACACACACACACACACCUACAACUAAACACACACCUACAACUAAACACACCAACUACAUCUGCUUUAAAACUUUCCAUGCGUCUGAAAAAGGCUCCAUGUAUAGUGCAAUACUUUUGUCCAGAGCCCUAUGGGUCUCUAGCUGUAAGGGUUCACUUAAUGGGUCUCUCGAGCUGUAAGGGUUCACUUAAUGGGUCUCUAGCUGUAAGGGUUCACUUAAUGGGUCUCUAGCUGUAAGGGUUCACUUAAUGGGUCUCUAGCUGUAAGGGUUCACUUAAUGGGUCUCUAGCUGUAAGGGUUCACUUAAUGGGUCUCUCUAGCUGUAAGGGUUCACUUAAUGGGUCUCUCUAGCUGUAAGGGUUCACUUAAUGGGUCUCUCUAGCUGUAAGGGUUCACUUAAUGGGUCUCUCUAGCUGUAAGGGUUCACUUAAUGGGUCUCUCUAGCUGUAAGGGUUCACUUAAUGGGUCUCUCUAGCUGUAAGGGUUCACUUAAUGGGUCUCUCUAGCUGUAAGGGUUCACUUAAUGGGUCUCUCUAGCUGUAAGGGUUCACUUAAUGGGUCUCUCUAGCUGUAAGGGUUCACUUAAUGGGUCUCUCUAGCUGUAAGGGUUCACUUAAUGGGUCUCUCUAGCUGUAAGGGUUCACUUAAUGGGUCUCUCUAGCUGUAAGGGUUCACUUAAUGGGUCUCUCUAGCUGUAAGGGUUCACUUAAUGGGUCUCUCUAGCUGUAAGGGUUCACUUAAUGGGUCUCUCUAGCUGUAAGGGUUCACUUAAUGGGUCUCUCUAGCUGUAAGGGUUCACUUAAGGAUUGGCCCCUUUUUUUCAAUUUUCGCCUAAAAUGACAUACCCAAAUCUAACUGCCUGUAGCUCAGGCCCUGAAGCAAGGAUAUGCAUUUUCUUGGUACCAUUUGAAAGGAAACACUUUGAAGUUUGUAGGAAUGUAGGAGAAUAUAACACAUUAGAUCUGGUAAAAGAUAAUACAAAGAAGGGGGAAAAAAGUUUUUUUUGUACUAUCAUCUUUGAAUUGCAAGAAAAGGCCAUAAUGUAUUAUUCCAGAACAGGUGCAGUUUAGAUAAUGGCCACUAGAUGGCAGCAGUGUAUGUGCAAAGUUUAAGUCUGAUUGCAUUUCUGUUCAAAAUGUUGUAUCAAGACUGCCCAAAUGUGCCUAAUU